CAAUGGGCAGAGAAGCUGUUUUCCAGACUGCAAGGUCGGGGAGCCGGAGGGAGGGACGGAGGCGGAGAAUGGAUCGGGAAGGUUUAUAAACCCUUCCAGCAAAAGACAAGCAGCUUCAAACAGAAGCUGCAGAGUAAUAGAAAGAAAGACAUUGAAGAUGGGAGAGUCAAACCAAACACGAUAUCAAGAUCCAACGGAGUCACUCAAUUCAUCAGCACCUGAAGGGAACAUGUUUAUCUGGUAUGUCUGUGGGAAAAUAUUUCAAUGUCAGCAUGAGUGGUAAAGCAUCAAGAUGCAGACUCAUGCACCUGAGCAUGAAUGUUCCAGAGAUGUAACUGAGGAAUAAUUUAACAUUAUCCAGUUAAAAUUCUGGAAAAAAAACCCACAGAGCAGAGAAACUGUACACGCUUUGUGUUUAUGGUCAAGGAUUCAACAGAUCAUCCACCCUGGAGAGAUGCCAGGAAAUCAGCAUCAUGGAAAAACCGUGGAAAUGUGUGGAUUGUGGGAAGGGAUACAAAUACCCAGGCCAACUGGAAGCUCAUCGUCGCAGUCACUCUGGUGAGAGACCGUUCACCUGCUCCACAUGUGGGAAGGGAUUUGCUCGGUCUUCCAGCCUCGUGUCACACCAGUGGGUUCACACUGACAAGAGACCUUUUAAAUGCUCUGACUGUGGGAAAAGCUUUAAGAGUUCAAAAGGUCUAAUUCAACACCGACCUGUUCACACAGGGGAAAAGUCAUUCAGCUGUUCCACAUGUGGGAAGGAAUUCACUUGGGGAUCCAGCCUAAUGUCACACAAACGUUUUCACCAUGGGGAGAGAGCCUUCAUCUGCUCUGUGUGUGGGAAGGGAUACACUUCACGGUCCAGCCUAAUGUCACACAAUCGAGUUCACACUGGAGAGAGACCAUUCAUCUGCUGCGUGUGUGGGAGGGGAUUCACUUCAUCAUCUAUCCUAAUGUCACACAGUCGUGUUCACACGGAAGAGAGACCUUUUACCUGCUCUGUAUGUGGGAGGGGAUUUACGUCAUCAUCCAGCCUAAUAUCACACAGUCGAGUUCACACUGGAGAGAGACCUUUUACUUGCUCUGUGUGUGGGAGGGGAUUCACAUCAUCGUCCAGCCUAAGGUCACAUAAGGCAUCUCAUACUGGAGAAAGACCGUUCAUCUGCUCUCAGUGUGGGAAGAGCUUCAGUCAGUUAUCCAGCCUCACCAAACAUCAACACAUUCACAAUGGGGAGAAGCCAUUCGCCUGUUCCAUUUGUGGGAAGGGAUUCACUUGUUUGUCCCACCUUACUUAUCACAGGCGUGUUCACACUGGAGAGAGACCAUUUGUCUGCUCUGUGUGUGGGAAGGGAUUUAUUAAAUCAGCACAGCUUCUGAUACACCAACGUAGUCACACUAGAGAGAGACCGUACACCUGCACCGAGUGUGGGAAGGGAUUCACACGGUCAUCUGUGCUCAGUGAGCACCAGCGUAUUCACACUGGGGAGAAACCUUUUACCUGCUCUGUGUGUGGGAAGGGAUUCACUCGAUCCUCCAAUCUCAGCAGACACGGGCUUAUUCACACUGAUGACAGACCAUUUAAAUGCUCUGGCUGUGAGAAGAGCUUUAGAAGCAGCAACGAUUUGAUGAAACACCAGCAAACCCAUUCUGAGGAGAGGCCAUUUACCUGCCCUGUGUGUGGCAAGGGAUUCAAUGAUUCAUCCACACGCCUGAGACACCAGCGAGGUCACAUGUGAUUGUAUUUGGCAGUUAUUACACCUUGGACUGAACUGUGCUCAUUCUGAUGUCUAGGGUUUACUCCAGUGGAUGUGAAUAAUCUCUUUACCUGCUCUGGUAUUUAAUUGUCCAAGUAUCAAUCACAUCAGAUUCACAGAGUUUGUGUCCCUGAUUUCUCUCCAAUUAGAAGAGGUUGACAGAUGUCCUAUUACUGACAUGUUCUUGGGCCUUUCCUUCAUUGCUAAUGCAAGGCUUGUGUUUACAAAAUGACUUUCUCAUAUUCAGGAUAUCCUAAUGUCAUUGUGAGGUCUAGUCACUGUUCUAGGAGAUACAGCAGCUAAAUUGUGUGCAGCAAACUCUCACAAACAGAAAGAAGAUGACUGCAAAUCCUCAGCUCGUCAGACUGCAUCUGUGGGGAGCAAAACAAUUCACAACAGAAACAUGGCUAUGACACACACACUGUUUAAUACUGAUCAUGGAGGGAUGUAUAUUGAGCAGUAAACCUGAGAGACAUGCUGUGGUGUUUGAAAUAAAUUCAUGGGAUCUUUUAAAUCCACCUGUGAGGGCAGAUAUGACUACAGUUAAAGAUUACAGCACAGUGCUCCCUCAGUCCCGUAUCAGAAUAUCAACUGAGAUUUUAUGGUGAAGACUUUGGGAGUUUGAGCUCACGGCAUCCUAACUCAAAGAUAAGGUUGUAAACACUCAACAUUAUGACACUUUUGCAUGACAGAAUUGUUAUGGUGUAGAAGGAGACCAUUCAGCCCAUCAUAUUAGCACUGAAUUUUUGAGCAUUCUAGUUCUUACACCUUUGGUUGUUCUCAUGGACAUGUUCACCCAUUGCGCUCUUGGUCAAAGCCAAGUGGACUGUGGGUGUGUUUUAAACAUGGUAUAAAGCUUUCCAGAGCAACAUGACAGCUGAUUCUGCAGCAAGCAUUGUAGAGUUUCUAUGAAAUCAUGAAGCAAACCAUGGAUGUCAAACAUCACAAACAGUGACAAUAUUAACUAAAAAGGGUUUGCCUUUCAAUGAUUUGGCCCUAACCAUUCAGGCCAUUUGUUAUCAUUCAAGACAAAGUGCUUGAGAACAGAAGAUCAGAAAGUUACCUCUAAAUUAAUGGCAACCCCUUCUGUCUCAGAUAUAGAGGCAUUGUUUAAAACCACCAAACGUGGACAUAAUUGUUCUGAAAUGUAGAUUGAUGUGGGUUUCUACCUAAACCAAUCAAAGAGAAGUUGAGAUGAUAUUUAAAGGGAUAAUCAAAAUAAUAAGAACAAAUAAUACAAAAACAAAGUUACUGGAAAAUCUCAGAGUUAACAUUUUGGGUCCAGUGACUCUUCCUCAGAACUGCUGUUCUGAGGAAGAGUCACUGGACCUGAAGUGUUAACUCUGUAUUUUCCUUCACAGAUGCUGCCAGAUCCGCUGAGCUUUCCCAGCAACUUUUGUUUUUGUUCCUGAUUUACAGCAUCCGCAGUUCUUUCAGUUUUUUUUUAAGAACAAAUGAUAAACAGCUCACGUGGCUUCUGGAUUUCCAAAAGGUUUGUUUUGGGGAAUAAUUACUUACAGAUUUAAAAAAAACAAUGAGUUUGGUUAGUGUUAGCGAAGAACAAUUCCAGACACAAUUGACUCUGGUACUGCAAAGUCACCAAUGCCACAUCAACAUUAAUAAACACAUUAUGUUAAUGUGUUUCAGAAUCAGAUGGGAAUGUUUGUAUUCUGUUUGAAAGGUAUAGCGAGCAUUGGACAGUCAUUGUCCUUCGGGGGUUCAUGAGGGUAACUAUAAUGGAAUGUGCAAAAUCGCAUGAAAAGAAGAGACUAAGAUUGGGAGAGAGAGUUAAGGAAAAACACAGCACCAAAUGGAUAUUUGAACAAGUCACCUUGGAUGUGAUUCAGUAGAAUAAAGCAUCAUGUUGCUGAUGGACAUACAAGUGAAAGUAAAGAUGAGACUGACAUAUUGACAGUUUCUCUUAGAGAUGUUUGUAUCCUUGUCUGUGAACUUUUAAAGAUAACUGUAUUUAAUAGUCCAGUCACUGCCUGAGAUAUUAGGAGUGUCAGGAGAGAGAAGCAGAGACCUUUAGAAUGAAUUUCAGUAGAAUGUCACCAAUAUCUAAACUACUUCCAUUUACAUUGUACUUAAAUAGUCUCACAAGCUGGAGGCAGCCAUUUUGGCAUUAUUAUUUAACUGAAGACAUCAUCCUGCAAUUAACCAAAUGUAUUAAUUAGUCUCCAGCCAAAAGUAGAUGAUUGAUUAAGCAGUGAGCCUUACAUAUUUGACCCAGUGACAGUAAAGUAAAGGGGAUAGAUUGUGACUUGGAGGAGACUUGCAGCAAGUGGUGUUCCUGUGUGUCUGCUGCCAUUGUCAUUCUAGGUGGUAGAGGUCAUGGACUUGGAAUGUGCUGUAUUGGGAGCCUUGGUCAGUUGCUGUGGUGCAUCCUGUAGAUGGUAUAUACUGCUCAUACUGGGGAUCCAGAAGGUGCGCUACUGACUGUCAAGUUUCCAGCUUCCUACAAACGUAUGAAUUAGGAGAAGAUACAGUGAGCCUAUUCUGCUAAUCAAGAAGUUCUUUGUCCAUCUGCUUGUUCUCCAAUUCUACAUUCCCAUUGCUGAACUAAAAUCCCUACCUCUGCCUUAAAAAUAUCCACUGGUUCCACCUCCACCACCAUCUGAGACAAAGAACCCCAAAGUCACUCAACUGUUUGUUCUCCUCCCUCUGUACCCUGAAAGGGCAACUCCUAAUUUUAAAACUGUAUCCUCUAGUUCUGGACUCACCCACAAGAGAAAACAACAGGCGCAAUUUUACACAAAAUCGACCAGGUGUCAAUUUCUGUGAAUUUUAUGGAACAUUUCUUUCUGUGAGCUAAUGCUGUUCAACUCAUUAAAGAUGCACCACAGGCCUCUAUGAUGCUGUGUGUGCUCUUACCAGUUACAGAGGUGUUUGACACUGCUAGGAUUGCCUGGGAUUUUGGCCACCAACUCUGUAUUUAAAGCCAAGUUGUGCAUCAGGUCAAUCGCUGCCAGCCAAGAAGAGCCCAUCAAAAUGUAUAUAGUGAGAGAGAAAAACAUAGGAAAGGUUGUGAGGGCACCUAGAUGGCAUAGGUGACACUUCAGCAUAAAUAGAAAUUCACAUCAGUAAAUAUGUUGCCACUUCCUAUCAUUACUUGUCAGUUUGAUUGUUGGAGUAAUGACAGGUAAAAAGAAUCAGACUACCUGCCCUUCUCACCAUACUGUGUCAGACCCCUGUCUCUGGGAAGGUUUCUCUUUCCCCAGUGUAGCAUUACAACUUGUCAUUGUUCAGUGUUGGAACAUCACAUGUUGGAAACAGUUGAAACCAUUAACUUGAAUAACUGGAAAAGCAAAGAAAACAGAAAAAGUAACAGAAGUUGUAUUCACUUCUUGGAGAAAACAGGGACUCCUUGUCUUUAGAAUUUCUAUCCCUCUAGUUACACUGCUCCCAGCACUACCACAUUCCCACUUCCUUUCCCAUUUGAAUGGCUCCCUCUACAAAGAUGCUGGUAUGUGAGAGAGAAGCAGCAUGGCCAGCUUAUCAGAUUGUCUCAAUCAUAGUGAUGAAGAAGUCCACAUCCUUGCAUUUGUUAUUGAAGGUGAGGUUGGAGGAGAAGGAGAAACUAACAGGAUAUUUAAAAACGCCUUAACACACUGUAUUGAAUACAAAGCUGGUGUAGCUGUUUUUCAGCCAGAACAUUAGCCCCUAAAAUUGGGCUAAAGGUUUUUACUAUCAGCGGAAAGAGGCCCAAAAUGAAAUGUUUGUUCCUGGCUGUGAUGUACAGAAAAUGUCAGUCACUCCAGUCAUUCAUGAAAUUGCUGGUGACUCAGCAAGUGGGAUGACAGAGUGAAUCAAUUUCCACUCUCCAAGCAGGUAAAUGGCCUGCUGGUAUCUGAGCUGGUUGGCUGGCUGAGUGAAUCCUUUCCCACAUUCAGAGCAGGUGAACUGGAGCUUCAGCAGAGCAGAUGAAUUCGUGAAUCCCUUUUCAGACUCAGAAAAAAUAAAUGGUCUGUUUGCAGAGUGAAGUUACUGGUGUGUCAGCUAGUUGGAUGAAGUAGUAAAUCUCUUCCUACACUCAGAGCAGGAGAGUGGCCUCCCUCCGGUAUGAACUCACUGAUGUGAGGUCAGAUGAUCGCUUGAACCCAUUGCCACAGUGAAAGCGUAAAAACAGUCACUUACAGUGAGAACAUUGCUGGAUUAUAAUUUCUCCAGAUCGUUUGUGGAAUUUCCUGCACAUUGGACAUGUAAAAUGCCUAUCCUCAGUGUGAACCCGCUGGUGUUUUAAAAGGAUAGAUGACUGAGCAAAUCCUUUCCUACACCUGGGCUAAGUGAAUGGUUUCUCCCCAGUGUGAACUCGCUGGUAAUUCAGCAGCUCGGAUGAAUUAGUGAAUCCGUUGCCACAAUCAGGGCAGGUGAAUAGUCUCUUCGCAGAAUGAAUUUGCCAGUGUAUCCACCGGCUGAAUGAUGCAGUAAAUCCCUUCCCAAACUCAGGACAUGAGCAUGGCCUCUCCCCAGUGUGAACUCGCUGGGGUACAGUGAGAUCAGACACCAUGAGAGCACACAAAGGGUCUUUCAUCAGAGUGAACGUGUUGAUAUAGCAUCAAUAUCCUAGAACAUUUGUGGAACUUCCUACAUUUAUUUAAUAUAUUUAAAAGGGACUCCUUUGAAAGAUAUGUAAAAUAUUUAAGAUAGAUAAGAUAUUUAAAAGGUCUGUUCUUGGUGUGACCACGCUGAUGUGUCAGCAGGUGUGAUAACCGAGGAAAUCCCUUUCCACACUCAGAAUAAGUGAACGGCAUCUCUCCAGUGUGACUGCAUCAAUGAAUUUCCAAAUCAGAUGGGCAUUUGAAUCCUUCUGGACAACCCAUACAUUUCCAUGGUUUCUCCAUGGCAUGAGUAUCCUUAUCUGGCUCGAUGUUUAAUUCUCCAAACCGAGAACAUCUGUUCAUUUCUCUAUAAGAGAUAGUAGGAACUGUCGAUGCUGGAGAAUUUGAGAUAACAAGGUGUAGAGCUGGAUAAACACAGUAGGUCAGGCAGCAUCAAAGGAGCAGGAAAGCUGACGUUUUGGGUCUGGACCCUUCUUCAGAAAUGGGGAAGGGAAAGGGGACUCUGAAAUAAAUAGAGAGAGGGGAAGGCAAAGAUGGAAGGUGGAUAAAGGAGCUGAUAGGUGGAGAGAAGACGGAUAGGUCAAGAAGGUGGGGAUGGAGCCAGAUAAUGUGAGUGUAGGUAGGAAGUUGGGGAUAGGGUUCGGUCAGUUGAGGGAAAACAGACAGGUCAAGGAGGUGGGGAUGAGGCUAGUAGUUAAGAAGUCAGGGUGGGGGUCGGUCACUGAGGUGGGAGGAGGGGAUAGGUGGGAGUAAAGGC